CUGGGCGCUUUCCUCGCGUGGUUACUGGGUGAAUAUUUUUCUGCCAUGAGAGCUGACCAACAGGUCAACAGUCCCCAUUCCUUCUGCAGUUGAUGGAUCUGCAGCUGGUACAGAGAUGACAGACAGUGUCAGGGCCUUCCUCCGCAAUGUUGCGACGGGGAUCAAGGAUUCCAUACUCGGGAUUGGAACCAUCUCCAAGCUGGAUGCCCGCAUCCAGCAGAAAAGGGAGGAACAGCGGCGAAGAAGGGCCAGCGGGGCUUUGGCGCAGAGACGGGCUCAAAGUGAGGAGCGUAAACCUGACAAUGACCCCAAAGUAGCCAGCAGGAUCUUUCAGUGCUGUGCCUGGAAUGGAGGAGUCUUCUGGCUCAGUCUUUUUCUCUUCUACCGGGUGUUUAUCCCACUACUCCAGACUCUAUCUGCAAAAAUUAUUGGUGACCCCUCGCUCCAUGGCAAUGUCUGGUCAUGGUUGGAGUUCAUCCUGACAUCUGUCUUCAGUGCUCUGUGGGUUCUCCCACUGUUUGUCCUCAGCAAGAUUGUCAACGCUAUCUGGUUUCAGGAUAUAGCUGACUUAGCAUUCGAAGUGUCUGGCUGUAAAGUGCAACCAUUCCCAAGUGUGAGCAAGAUCAUCGCAGAUAUGCUCUUCAACCUCCUCCUCCAGGCACUCUUCCUAAUUCAGGGUAUGAUUGUGAGCCUGUUUCCUAUCGAUGCCAUUGGGCAGAUGGUCAGUCUAUUGCACAUGUCUCUGCUCUAUUCCCUGUACUGUUUUGAGUAUCGCUGGUUCAACCACGGCAUUGAGAUGCACCAACGGCUGUCCAAUAUUGAGAGGAACUGGCCCUAUUACUUUGGCUUUGGUUUGCCCAUGGCUUUGUUGACAGCCUUGCCUUCAUCAUAUAUCAUCAGUGGCUGCUUGUUCUCCAUCCUCUUCCCUCUCUUCAUCAUCAGCGCCAAUGAGGCCAAGACACCAACAAAGCUGUACCAUUUUCAGCUGCGUCUCUUCUCGCUGGUGGUGUUCAUCAGCAACAAGCUUUUCCACAAGACGGUCCACCUGCAGUCCUCGAUGACAUCAUCAACAUCCUCCGAGAGGCUCACAUCCCCUCACAUCUCCCCUGUCCGACAAAGACUGCUGCCCACACAGUGAUGUUGAUGCUGCAUGAAGGACCCUCGCUUAAUGUGACAAAGGUUUUUCCGAAGGAGUUCCUUAAUGUGUUUUGCAGCACUGGGUUUACAUGUUUUUAAUCUAUUCUCUGCCCCUUUUAUUAAUAUUCAUUUUUUUUCCACGAUGUCAGUGUGACAUAUAAUUGCCCUGUGCCUCACACUCGAAAUGCAUAAUUCACUCACAAUUGUUUUCUUUUGUCAUUUUUUUCCACUCUCAUUUUAUAUAAUGUGCCAUUUGAGUGACUCUCCUUUAAGAAAAUACAGCACAAUAAA